AUGUAUCAUAGAAUACACCCAAUUCGAGUGAUUCAGCAAGCACCAUUUCCCAAAGUAAGUGUUUCAGUGAUGACCAUUAGACUGAUCCAAUUCACUCGCUUCUUAUCCUCGAACCUUGAAAGUUUAAACUUAAAAAUGAAAAAUCUUAUUGUUAUCGGUGCUUUAAUAGCCGCCGCCCAGGCUGCCUCGGAUGAUUUCACCAUUAGAUUAACCACAAUUUCAUCUUACUCAUCAUGUCCACCCUCAUCAGCGCCAGUUUUGCCCGUUUCAUCAUUUGGGCACUAUGCAAACUAUUCCUCUACUUCAGUCCAAGACAAUAUUCCUACAACUUCAGCUCUAGAAUCGUCCCUAGUGACAGAGUCGUCCAUAUCCUUAGCCGCAGGAUUGUUACCAUCAUCUAGUCGAUCUAGAGUUGUUUCAUAUGAAUAUGAAACUGAAUAUGAAACAGAUAUUAGUCUGGUGACACGCACAGUUUGUGAUUUGCAAGGUGCAUGUUAUGUUACAACAGACUUGGAAAGCUUGACAACGCGCACAACUACCAUUGACGGAAUACUAACUGUCAUUACUACUGCUGUUCCUAUACAAACGCAUGAUGCUCUGCAAACGAUUGCUGGCGCAAAUCAAGCUAGUGUACCUUCAAGCCAAGAUACUAGAGAAUCAUUGACAAUGGCAACAGUAGAGACAGAGCUGAAUGCAGAACCAGCACCCACUGAACCUAUUGAAUCUACUGAAACCACUGAUUGCUAUACAUCGGUUGUUACAAUUACAACAUGCCACGAAAACUUGUGUUCAUUAACUGCAGUUACAACUGCGGUUUCUGUCUACACUGUGGACUACACAGUUUAUACCACCUGGAUUCCAUUAGUUACAGAAACAAUUUCGAGCUCUCACAACUAUGCUUCAACUAUUGCUGCACAACCAUCUAGCGUUGUUCACUCUUCAGAAGCUGCACAAUUGGUAGACGAUGAAAACUCCAUUGUCACAAACUAUUUGACAACACUAGUGACCAUUACUUCUUGCAAAGACAACAAAUGCUCAGAAGUGCCACAAACAACCGGUGUAAAAAUUAUCAGCUUGACUGAUACAGUCUAUACAACAUACUGUCCCUUAUCAGAGUUACCCGAAUCAACAGCUGAGGCGGAAGCAGUGGCUACAACCUCUUCUUCACCAGUAACUGGCUCAGAAUCUCAUUCAGUCUUGGCUGAAUCUUCUACAGUUGUAGAGGAGUCGAAAUCGUUGGUCACAGUUAACGUGAUUACAAACAACAUUGUCACCGAAUCUCCAACAUCAUCACCUUCAUCAUCAUCAUCAUCAUCAUUGCUUCUUCAGACUGGCAACUUUACAUCGGUAUCGACAGGGGCCAACCCCCAUACUAUUUCUACUUACGAAGGUGCCGCAGCCAUCAGUAUCGACAUUGCAGCAACUGGCUUUUUCGGUGCGGUUCUCUCCAUUAUUCUAUUCUUAAUAUAA